AGGAGCACCGACGGGACAUGGAGGAGGUGCUGGUGGUCCAAACUCUGAUGGGUUUAUCAGCAGCCAAAGAGCUCAACGACAGCCUGAGAGCUUCGGUGGAGAAGCAGCGAGCGCUGGCCGACAAAGCGGAGGCGAUGAAGGAGAUGGGCGUGGCGUUCGACAGCUUGGUCCGGGAGCUGGCGGCGAUGCGGGAGGCCGCCGUGCAGAGUCUGAGCGCCCUGCAGGCCGAACGCGACGAGCUGGAGGACAAGAUCAGGCGGGCGGAGGAGGAAAUCGAGCAGAAGGAUGUGAAGGAGACCAUCCAGUGCCUCCAGGACCAGCUCAACCUGCUGACUGUGAAGGUUAAGAAGAAGUUCACUGGUCUGUACUCGGCCUCCAGAGGCCUGCAGAAGCCCCUGCAGAGCCUCCAGGAGGACAUCAGCAGAGGCUGCAGCACAGUCGAGCACCAGGUCUCGGCCCAGGCGGACCUCCUGUCUUCCUCCGCCUCCUCCCUCGUCUCCUCCCUGCGUCUGACCGCGGACGAGAGCCGGCAGUCUCUGGAAGAGAUGUCGGGCUGCUGCUCCCACAUCCGCAGCUCCGUCACCGCGUUGGCUCCUGGAGUGGGCUUCUUGCCUCAGUUAUCCCCGCUUUUCUGGACCUGGGCCACCAGCUGCUGGCACAACGUUGCCAACUAG